AUGGCCGGGAUGUCUUAUGCAGGCCCGGAGUGGGAAUACCUUGCUCCACACACCAGCCGUCACGGUCCGCCAACCGACUUGGACUCACUGUUCGUCAAUAUCAUCAUCGAACGAAAAGUUCCCAAAUCGAGCACGGAAAAACAAGUCCUCAACCUCCAAAGCCUCAUCACCAAGAAUGAUCAGGUGUACCGUCCUAACGACGUGACUCGAUUCAGCUUUCCCAGGUUUCGAGAGCUGACACGGACUUGGGACCUCGAUCUCUUCUUCUACGAGGGUGUCACAAAACACGGUGUGGCCAUACCAGACGAGCAGGCAUUCCAAAGACUUCUCUUGGCCGUCCGCCAUCUCGGACUCGGUGCCCCACUAUCACCUUCUGCUCCACCUGUAAUGAAGUUCUUUGCGCGGCCCCCGCCCCCGCCUGAGAUGAGUCGUUUGUUGCUUGCGCUCUAUUCUUUUUCGUGUAUAAUUCUCAUUGGCUUUAUCUGGGCUUUGGCCUCCAACUUCGGGGCUGGGGCUGUCGUUGUACUUUUCCUGGUUAUCUAUGGUCUCGUCGAGGAACGGUCUAAGGCUAUAAAGAGGGGCGCAAGAAUGUGGUGA